UGAAAUAGUGUGUAGAAGUUUUGGUCGCUGCUGCUGACACGGAGCUGAGCAGAGCGACAACAUCCGGGCACCGUCAGUCAGCCUGCGCAGAAACAGAAUGGCGGAGGUUGGUGAAAAGCCUCUGAAUUUGUAGUUUGUUGUGGCCCAGUGGAGAUCCUGAGGUACAUCAAUGGAGGUCCUCACAAGCAAGAGACGUUUGCAAAUGUUAGAGGAGUAGGAGGUGUCGCCCUUCUCCCCCAUGAAGAUGGCAGCACAAUCCCACACUGGGGCCAGUGAGCCUCCCUUGGAGGAGCUGCUGGCUCUGUAUGGAUAUACCGUCUCAGAGCCUGAGAAUGAGACCUGUCACUUGGCUGCCAGUCUACCAGAAAUGACUCUUGACAAGGAUCGGCUAACUGAGGAUCUUUUUCCGAAGGAAGAGGAAGCAUCCCGCGGUGAUCUCACACCCUCUGUCACUUCAAACACCUCAGAUCUGCUGCAACGCCUACAAGGUGGAGAGAAAGACAUAUUAGUCAGCUCAUCAGAUGAGGACUCAAAUGAUGCUUCCAUUCCCUCAAAUGAAGACCAUAAGGAGAUUAUGGUUGGAUCUAUGUACCAGGCACAAAUCCCGCCUCUCUGCCCCUACACCUACCAGGACAAAGCCUACCACAGUGAGGACCAGUUGCUGUGGAGUCCAGGAAUUCUGCCCUUGGAGGAAGUGGAAGAGUUCUUGUUGAAGGCACAGAGCUCACAAGGGCAGGAUGGGGCAACGUGCACAGGAGGGCAAGGGGAUCCUGUCCAAGACAAUGAACAGGCACUGUAUGAACUUGUGAAAUGCAGCUUUAAUGCAGAAGAGGCACUGAGACGAUUACACUUCAAUGUAAAAGUGUUCAGCGGGGAGCUGUGUGGCUGGAGUGAAGAUGAAUCCAGGAAGUUUGAACAAGGCUAUCGGGUUUAUGGGAAAAAUUUCCACCUCAUUCAGGCCAAUAAGGUACGAACGCGCUCUGUGGGGGAGUGUGUGGAGUACUACUACAUGUGGAAGAAGUCUGAACACCACGAGUACUUUACCCAGCAGGCCACCAGGCUCAGCCGUAGAAAGUACAGUCUACAGCCAGGGAACAUAGAUGAUGGCGACCAGGAUGGUGAAGUGGGGGAGCUGGAGGGAAGCAACAACUCCCAAGUCUUGUUGUCUCGCAGCUCUGUGAGCCCCAUACAGUUGGAGUCUCCCUUACCUCCAUCAAAACUGGAGCUGAACAAACAAGGGGGUGAGUUGGUGAUGGGGCUCUCAGACCUUUGCAGCGAUGGGUGUCCUCAGAAGCUCUGUGGCUGUUCCUUCUCUCUCCCACCCAUGGAUGAUCUACAGGACCAUUGCUCAGAUGCUUGUUGUCACACGGCUCCAUGUCAGCUCCAGCCCCAGUCCUCUCAGCAGAGCUCCCACUGGGGCUGCAGCAGUGCUCCAUCCCACUGCAACGACCACCGCCUCCCAAGCUCCUGUUUCUACCAGUUGCACAUGCAUGGUGGAACUUUGGUUUCUGAGGACCCUGGCUGUGAACCAGGGUACAGUGGACCUCACAUCCCCAAUAAGUUGGAAGUGGACUACAGCCUGCUGCCUCCCUCAUCCGCUGCCCUCCCAUCACGCUUCCAGGCAUUGAGCAGCCUCUUGAGCCUUCCUCCUGCCCACCCCUCUCAGCCUCUCACACAGUGAGGGAACAUGGGAAGGAUGAAUUUAUGAGUAGAACCCUUCGUGGUUUUCUCUGUGAGGAGAUCAUUUAUGCUGCUGGGAUUAGAGCAACCACAAAGAAACGUUUGUUUCGAUACGAUUUUGUACUUUUGGAAGCACAAAUCAUGUGAUGACAUUGAUCUUGGAAGCAACAAAGCCAAAUGACUUGUACAGCAGAGAGAUUUUGGAUAAUGUUUAACCACUGUUGCCUCUUUUUCUCAUUGAUCCAUGUCUAAACAUUUGACUGUUGUUCACCUUUUACAGAGCAUCAUCCAGCAGGAGUCACUCUUGUGCUUCUUCAUUUCUUUCUGCAGCACAUUUGACACAGCAGCUGCUUCAGAUUUGUUUGGUGGAGUGUAAAACAGUGAUUUGGUUGCUGGCAGUCUGCUCACAAUGGAAAAAUCUGUUCCUUCAAACCGUCCCUGAAUUAAUCAGCCUUUCUUCAGUUGGAGCUCUUGACUUUUUUCUGCUAUUCCAGCCUUGUCCACUCCAUAUUUCUGGCUCAAAGCUUCAUUCCCAUAGUAAUUUUUUGACUGCAUGUGAAGUUUUGAAAGUGAAGAAACUCAAAUAACUGGGAGCAAAGUGUUCAACGUUUGCAGAUUUGGCACACAUAUUUUUCUUUUUUAAUUUCCGUUCUCCCUGUGCUUUUUUUUUGUUGCUGCUGUUGUUUUUUAGUUGUUUGAAGGUACAGUGUCAUGACCCGUCAUUGUGUCAUUGUGAACAGUUUCUUAUUGCAGUUAAAAGUCUCUUUUAAACGUCGAGCAUUUGUACAGUAUAAAACGAGACAACGGUAAGAGAAGGCUUACCUCUACCAAGGUGCAACAGUCCUCUGUUUAAGUCCUGGUGGGGGCACUGUUUUGCCAAAGCACAAAUAACAUGGAAAUCAAUGGGAGACAUUUUAAAAAAUAUUAAAUACUACUCUGGAUUUGCAUCUACUUCAGAGUUGUAGCAACUGUUCCUCGACCCAAGACAGACCAGUGCUCCAGAGUUAUUGGAAAUCUGUCCAGGUCUUUUUCAAGUAUCUGAAAGGCCAUCUCAAAUAUUUAAAGGAGGAGAUUAAAUGAAAUAUUUUGGAGGCGAAGUUGCAUCACUGCCAAAAUUUGCUCAACUCUUUCUUGGCACAGGGAUUGAAUGACUACAAAUGUUGUUCUCAUCUCAAAAGCAAUUUUCAAAUUUUAGCCACGACAAAUGGACAGCAGUGAUCACACGAGAGGAAUCGAUUUCAUCCAAACACAGAUUACCAUAUUAUCCAAAUAUUGAUGAUCACCAAUUUUUCCAUUACGUCCUCCAGACAAGUAUUAUAGAAACGUUGGUACAUGUUUUUUUGGAUUAAGGCUCAGCUAUUUGCAAAGAACUGUAAUACAACAUAGGUAAUUAAAGAUGUGUUCCAGAUGAGAGUGAACAGUUCUGGCACCCCUGUUUGUUUGCCUUUGAUAGUUUUACAGUAAUGUGUUUGACCUCAUCCACCGUCCAACUGUUUCUGUGUUUUGUAAAACACCACAGAUCGCAUAAUUAUGCAGAAUAUUGAUGAGCAUAAUGUUGAUUUGCUUUUGGGAACUGCAGCAUGAAUAGAGAGAAUUAGAUCAAGAAGUCUGAAUUAAUCAUAAGUAAAAUUAUGUGAACAAAGGAACAUGCCAUUAUCGUUAGACAACAGAACAAUCUGAACAAACAAGGUUACUCACCUUUUCAUCUUGUAAAAAUGCACAGAAAACUUUAUUUGGGGGAAAGCCUCACCUAUGUCUAUGCAUUAAACAGUACAAUAUUUAAAAGUGUGUUGGGACACAAUGCUGUGGUGUCCAGAAAUUAAAUGUCUAAACUGUCACAAAUUCUCUGUCAAUAUUUCCAUGUCUACAGUUGGUACCAAAAUUGUGAAGCCGAUUGAUUUUGAGACGUAUUAAGACUACAGCCAUUUUUAUAUCAUCACAUUAUGUUGUUUUUUUCCAGAGCACAAAGGAAGUUUAUGAUUAGUGAGUACAGGAAAUGUUCUUUGAACCUUGUGUGCAUUUAUGAGACAAAGGUCAAUGUAACAGUCUGAUUCACAAGCAGAAGAUUGAGACAAUCUAAGGAUGUUGUGUUGAUGAGAAUCUAAUUGACUGAUGCAUCAAGCUUUGACUAACUGUUUUUAAACUAUUUUAAAUUGCAUUGUACAGGAUAUUUACAUAUAAAAUGCAGUUGAGAACAUAAAAAAAAUGUAGCUAAUUUACAAAAAAAAAAAUUCAUACAUAUGUAUUUAUUUUUUAUGCAAAUCGAUAUAUUUUUAGGUCGUGUGUGUGUAAGGAUUUCAGUGAAGUUUUUGCAGGCGGGGAACAUUUUGCCUGGUUGUUUAAAUUUAUCUUUCCAUCUGCUUUAUCUGUGCCACUGUUUUUCCUGACCUGUCUUAAAAUGUGCUCUUCUCUUAAAGCCAAGGCCGUUUCAGUGUUUUUUCUUUGUUUAGACAGAGGCUGUGAGGAUUCAGGCAGGAUGUGGAAUAUAAUUACUGCAAUCUGUUGAAUAGUUUAUUUCUGCUUUUGCAGCAAUUUAUAAAAUGAAUGCCUGGUAUUAUGUUUCUAAUUAUAUUUUGUAAAA